UUCAUUUAGUUAUCAUCAAAUUAAUCAAAAUGGCAAGUUCAAUAGUAGGAGGGGGAAAUAAAUUCAGAGAUUACUUGAGUGAUGAAGAGCUCAAAAACACCAAAUGGAGAAAUGGUCCUCCUAGUUAUGAUGUUGUUGAUAAGCUCUUUGAACAAGAAAGAACUAAUGUAUGGGCUGAAGGAUCAGUUGAAGAGGAAGUGCAAAGGCUAUUGAAGACUUGGGAAAUGGAAAUAGUCCAUAAGGCAGAUCCAAAUGAGCUCAAAACUAUGGAUCCAAACAAGUUUACAAUUAGUAUCAAUGGCCGAAAGGGCUUGACACCAGCAGAAUCUGCAAAGCUUGGUGGUAGCUACAAUAUAUUCCUACAAACUUCAUUACCAGAAAAUGUUCGACUCUACAAUCCUGACGAUGAAACAUUUGAAUCAUCACAAAAUCUUUUCAGAUCGAUAUUUUUACGAGGAUUCGCGAUCGAAAUCCUCCAUGUUUAUUCAGGACCACCAGGAAUUGUUUACAGAUUUAGGCAUUGGGGUUACAUGGAUGGUCCAUUUAAAGGACAUGCUCCAACUGGACAACUUAUUGAGCUCUUUGGAAUUGGCACAUUUGAAUUGGAUAAAGAGAGUAACAAGAUUAUAAAGGCAGAGAUGUUUUUUGAUAGAGGAGAAUUGCUUGGAGGACUUGUGAAAGGAGAAAGCAAUGUUGCUUCAACAUGUCCUUUUAUGAAAUAAGAAGAAAUUAUUACUAGCAAAAUGUUGCUUAUUUACAAGAUGUAUGUGGUUAUGUUUUAUUAUUUUACUAAAAAUGUGUAGCUUACCUUUGAAGCACAUGGUUUGUUUAAUAUUUCACAUAAAAAGUACUCAUGUUCUAUGAUUUUUU